UCCCUUUCUCUCCAACCCCUCCCAUCUCCGGCCGCCAUCCCCACCGCAAUUAUGACCUAUCAUAUGAUGAUAUGAAAACUACUGAUAGUGGCUGUUUGGCAAUUGUUUUACAAAUUGAAGUUGAGACAACCCACGGGAAACUGAUGCGGACUAUUUUGUUUUCAGCAGAGAGGGUUACAGCCAACAGCUGGGAGACUGGACUUUUUAUUUCAUUUGUAGUAGUUUUUGCAAUUAUAGCAGCUGGUUACGUAUUAAAAAAGGGGCUUGAGGACCCAAACAGGAGUAGAUACAAGCUCCUUUGGAGCUGCUCCUUAAUUAUAACUUUGGUGAUUCCACCGGAUCUGCCAAUGGAGUUGCCUAUAGCUGUUCACACAUCUUUGAUUGCGUUAUCAUGGAUAUAUUUUGUACAAAACCUUUUCGCAUACCAUUUGCCGGGAAGUCCAUUGAAGUUGUGUGAAACACUCCAUGCACUGUUUCUCUCGCUGGGUUUCUUUCUUGCGGGAGAGUUAUAUAAGCCAUCACCGGCUCAGCAGCUGUCCCCACACGAUUGGAGGAGACAACCAAGUUGACACCUCUAAAUUUUAGAGUGUAGCGAAACAACUUAGAACAGAUUAAAUGUUACAUGAAGCAAUCGUUAUCAGGUCUUGAUCGUUGUCAUUCGCGUGGUGUAAUGUGUGGAGACAUUAAAGUAGCGAACCUUUUGGUAGAUGGAGUUAUGAAUAUUGACAAUUUUGGGUUGGCUUAUCUUUGUAAUUCUUUAGGUGAAAAGAAACAACCGUUGAUAAAUAGAGUUGUGACAUUGUGAUACCGGCCACCUGAACAUUUAUUAGAUUUAUCUUUCCAUUAAUUUUGA